UUUGUACUGGCCUGAUCCAUCCGCUGUCACAGUCGUCGCUUGCCAGAACAUCACUCCACUGUUCCCUCAGUUCGUCGCGGAUUCUGCCGUGGAUAUUUUUUCCAUUAAAAGCAACUCUUAAGAUGUCUCGGAAGAUCAAGGCUGGGUCUGUGGUGGAGAUGCAGGGCGAUGAGAUGACUCGGGUCAUCUGGGACCUCAUAAAGGAGAAACUCAUCUUCCCAUACCUGGAACUAGACCUGCACAGCUUUGAUCUCGGCAUGGAGAACCGAGAUGCAACAAACGACCAGGUGACAGUUGAGGCAGCAGAAGCGGUUCAGCGUUACAACGUAGGUAUCAAGUGUGCCACCAUCACACCAGAUGAGAAGCGUGUGGAGGAGUUCAAGCUCAAGAAGAUGUGGCGUUCACCAAAUGGAACCAUCCGGAACAUCCUUGGAGGCACAGUGUUCAGGGAGGCAAUCAUCUGUAACAACAUCCCCCGUCUGGUGCCUGGCUGGGUGAAGCCCAUUAUCAUCGGCAGGCACGCACACGGAGACCAGUACAAAGCCACUGACUUUGUCGUGCCAGGCCCUGGAAAAGUGGAGAUGAUAUACACCCCCACAAAUGGAGAACCAGUCAAAUAUGCCAUCCAUGAGUUUGAGGGCACAGGUGGUGUUGCCUUGGGAAUGUACAACACAGAUAAGUCCAUCAGGGACUUUGCCCACAGCUCCUUCCAGAUGGCUCUGUCCAAAGGCUGGCCUCUGUACCUUAGCACCAAGAACACCAUCCUGAAGAAGUAUGAUGGUCGCUUCAAAGACAUCUUCCAGGAAAUCUACGAGAAAGCGUAUCGUGCUCAGUUUGAGGCCAAGUCAAUUUGGUAUGAGCACCGGCUAAUAGAUGACAUGGUGGCUCAGGUCAUGAAGUCAGAGGGAGGCUUCAUUUGGGCCUGUAAGAACUAUGAUGGAGAUGUACAGUCUGACUCUGUGGCACAAGGUUAUGGUUCACUGGGUAUGAUGAGCAGUGUGCUGGUCUGUCCUGACGGACGCACAGUGGAGUCAGAGGCCGCACAUGGCACAGUGACACGUCACUACAGACAACACCAGCAGGGAAAAGAAACCUCCACCAACCCCAUAGCCUCCAUCUUUGCAUGGACACGAGGUCUGCUACACCGGGCAAAGCUGGACAACAACACAGAGCUGCGCUUCUUUUCUGAGGCUUUGGAGGCCGUUUGCAUCGAGACAAUUGAGGCUGGUUUCAUGACCAAGGAUUUGGCUAUCUGUAUCAAAAGCCUGCCAAAUGUGACACGUGAUGACUACCUAAACACCUUUGACUUUCUGGACAAGUUGGCGGAGAACCUGAAGAUUAAGUUAGCCAAUCAGCCCAAACUGUGAUUGACCCUCACAGCUGCAGCACUUACACACAGACAUGCACAUACGAUAAACACACACGUCUCAUGGACAUCUCUAAGGGAACUUUAGUUGUUGGCUGAGCAAAGAGGAGUAUGCUGUGAGCUCCAUGAUUGAUUAAGAAUGGUUUUGUCCACCAAGAAAAAAAGCCUUCUAACUACUGACCCUCAUGUUACACUUCUAGUAAUAACAAAACAAAAACAAACAAAAACAUUUAUGUAGGUGCUACAACACAAAACAGACGGUACCCAUCUCCAUGAAUCGUUCCGGACCAUGACAUGACAACAAAGGGCUCUUCUUCACCCUGAUUGCACUAACUUAAUGUGUGUUGUUGUUCUAUGUUGAAACAGGGUAGAGCAUUUGUUAGAAAGCCUUUACUGCCUUAUCUAUUGUUUUUUCUUGUCAAUAUCAUGAGUCUAUUCUAGUCAUCUCUUUGAGUUUUAUUAAUACCUCAAGAAUCAUCACCAUGUUUAAGAGCCUGAAAAGUAGAUCAUAGUCUGCGUGUCUUGUCACUAACGAGAUCUCUGAGCAGUUAAGUGUACACAUUCCAUUAAAUUUUACUUUAUGCAACAAAAUAUAUAAUAUAUAGACUUCAAACAAAGGUUAUGACUUUUCUCACACUGUAGCAAAAUGUUUAUAGUAUUUUUCAGACUAUAAGGCGCACUUAAAAUCCAUUAAUUUUCUGAAAAAUCGUUAGUGAGCCUUAUAAUCAGGUGCACCUUAUGUAUUAACUCUGGUUGUGCUUAGUGACCUCCAAUCAUAUAGUUAUUGUGAAUGAAUUGAAUAAAAUUUGACUUAUAUGUUUUGUUUUGCUUAAUGCGCCUUAUA